CACCCACCAACCAAGAGCUCUCUAAAUCUCAUAAUUAACCCUACACAGCUACGCCCUUUUCGCUUCUUCACUUACCGGGAGAAUUGAAAUGGCAUCUUCCAAAUCAUCCAUUGCAGCUCUCUUCCUCGCCUUCAACCUUGUCCUCUUUGUCUCGUCGCCGGCCGCCGCCGUGCUCGACACAUGCUCCUACGAGGUGGCAACCUCAAUGUCUGCGCUAAUGUGCUCAACGUUUUGUACGUUGGCGUUGGAACCCUGCCACCAACCGAGACAUGCUGCAGCGUGGUCUGUGGUGUAGCAACUGAUGUUGAAGCCGCCGUGUGCGUUUGUGCUGCCCUUAAAGCUAACAUUCUUGGAAUUUAUGCCGACCUUAACCUCGCCCUACAGUUGCUUCUUACUCGAUGUGGCAAGCACGUUCCGCUCGGCUAUGUCUGCGCUUAAUCAAAGAUCAUAUAACAAUAUGAUCAUCUGACCUAAUGCUCUGAAGUAGAGGUGACAAUUUCAAUCCAAUCCACCAAUCCAAACCAUCAAUCCAUUAAAAAUAUUCACCUAAUCUAAUUCAUUUAAAUCCAAUCCAUUUUAUUCAAAUCCAAUUGGAUUGGUGGAUUCAUGGAUUGGAUCCAUGAAUCAUUGGAAAAUUACGGUUUAGUACCUAUAAUUUUUAUUUUUUACAUUUUGGUACCUAAAAUUUAAUUUUUAUACAAAAAUAUCAUUGGAAAAUUACGUUUUGGUACCUAAGAUUUUUCAUUAUGACAUUUUAGUACCUAAACUUUUUACAUUUUACAUAUUGGUCCUUGGUUGAGGAUGUCAUUUGAUUCAUUGAUAAUCCACCAAUCCACUUGAUCCAAUCCAUGAAUCCACCAAUCCAUUAGAUCCAAUCCAUUUGAUCCAUGGAUCCACCAAUCCAAUCCAUUUGCCACCUCUACUCUGAAGUCAAACAGUUGGGCCUCGUUGCUACCUACCAGAUGAUAUUCUAGUAGAGUGCUUUGGGCAACUAAUAAUGUUGUGUUGUUGUU